UCGCACACGUUACGAUCGAGAUCCCGAGAUAUAGCACAUGGGCGUUCUGACAGAUAUCGUGAGCGCGAGAAGGGUGAGACGUUACGUGAUGAAGAUAAAGACGGGGACCGCGCUGUUCAUGGGGGCGGUCGUCGUUCCCCAUCUCCUGUCUUGCCUUCGUAUCUUCCAGGACUGACAGAUGGAUUCCGCCGCGCUCUUAUGAUCGUGAUGAGAACAGGGAUCGUGAACUUCGUAUGAAAACGAACGAGACUGACGAUCCUUCUCGGAAACUUGAUCGGCGGAACCCAGCAAGCACUCGCGAUAGCCGUAGAUCUGGGCGUGAUGCCGACCGAGAAGACGAGAAAAGAUCCGAUUUUCGUAACCCCAAAGAUCGCGGUCGUGAUAAGGAUAGAAGCCGGGGCGAGGACAAAGAGCCAGCAUGGAUGGGCGAUUAUAUUCCAGACCCCAACGACGCUAAGGGCGGUAUCCUCGGUGGCCAAAGGACUGAUGGUACGAUCGACGAUCUUCAAGCAUGGAAACGCGGCAUGAAGGAGAAGAGCGACUCGACCCUGUUUGAAGUUCCUGAUAUACUAUCAGUGGAUACCUUGGAUGACAUCCAAAUCUUUAAACGCAAACUCAAAGAGGAACAGGAGAAGCAAGAUCGAGCAGCGAAAGACAAUGACACUAAAGUAGCCUCCGCUAAUCCUCCUCUACCGCCAGGCUUGCCUGCGACCGCUACCAAUGACGAGAAGCAAGGCCAAUCUGCUGCCCUCGCAGCCUUGCUCUCACCAUUGGCCCUUCAACUGCAAUCGACUAUGGAUGUAUCUACAGACAAUGCGUCGCUCGGCAACGCUUCGCGGUCUCAAAAACCCAAUCCAGACAGUUUGCUCUCCUCGGGCCUCGGCAAUGCAACAUCUCUCUCCUUCAACCGGUAUCCGGAUAUUAUGCCUGAAUUGACCUCAUCACGGGAUCCUUUGGCUGUGGCUGGUUUGCCUACUGCAGGACGUGCUCUUGACGAGUUUGGUCUUCGCAACGAGCCCGGCACGAGCAAUCCAACUCCUCCUGUUUCCGAUAUCCGAAUCUCGAACCAACAAACAUUGUCACUGAAUGGUCGGUUAACACCCACCAAUUCCAACCCUACAUCUACUACCCCCUCUGCGCAAUCAUCUACUUACAGCGGAGAAGGCUCCCCCAGCUCCGGAAGUGCGCUGCCCGCGUAUGCUCAGAGUAAAGGAAGUCGCUUCGCCAAGUUUUGGGACAACAAACCCCGAGAAUCAGCCACGUCAUUCAACCCAUCCCAGCAAUCACAGCCGCUGGCGCCCCCAUCGAACCCAAUGGGCUCAUCGCUUGGAACGUGGUCGAGUGGCGCCUCAUUAUCCAAUGAUCUUCGUGUUUCACAACCUUCCUCCCCCUUGCGACAAGCCCCUGCGGAAUCCAGUGCUUUGAACAAUCUUCUCCGGAACAUUACCACCCCUUCCUCCGUGAUUCCGCCAACUGAUAGGCGCGACUUCACAGAUCGACCUGCAUCCCGAACUCGCCCAGAUACAGACAAAAUGCAAAGUCUCCUAUCCAUGCUCAACAAUCAACAGCCACGGCCGCCAGCAAUGGACAGGAAUCGCUCAGUUCCCCCUUUCGCAAUGUUCAAAAUGGCUCCUUAAUUCUAAUCUUGGCCAAAGCAUAAACGCCACUCAAGCUCCCCCUCAACCACUCUCAUUCAGUCCCGUUGGAUCACCAGAUUUCGAUCGUAGCUUCGUACCAGAUGGGUUGG